AAAAGAAAAGGAAAAAGCCAUUUUAUGGGGCUCUCAUUACCUGCUCCAAAAGAAGACCAAGGAGUGGAGGAGACUGCAGAAGAUUAGCUUUUCCUUCUGCUUUACUCUCUGUCACUCUUUCUUGCUCUAUGAGACUUGGUAUGGUAUGGUGUGGUAUGGUAUGGUGAUGAGUUUUCCCAUUCUUUCAUGACCAUGCUGUUCCAAAUAGUGUAUUUCCAAUUUACGAUUUCUGUUUUGUUUUGUACAAUUUGGGUAAGCUGAGGUGUGGGGGAUACUGUUCAUGAAUGAGUGGGUUUUGUAGUGCUUUUGUAUCGACUUUUGAUAGCGUCUUUUUCACUGAUCUGGGGCUGAUGAUUUCACACUUUUGUUUGAGCUUGAAGAGGAAGUGAGCUUUGGUAUUAGGGAAGAAGAUUGCAAAUCCAUCAUUUCCUUGUUGAUGAUGACGAUGAUGGUAGUGAAGAAGAAUGUGACCCUUUUGACCAGAGAAAGAAAGAGAGAGAUCAGAUAAAGAGAAAAGAGAAACAAAGCCUAGGGUGGAGAAAAGAUGUCCCCUUUGACGGGCAUUGUUGCUUGUGGAUUGUCAAUGAGAGAGAUAGCGAGAGAGAGACAAAGUAAGAGUGAGUGAGAGAAAGAGAGAAAACACCACUCUCCUCCUUUCUCUUUACCACACGUUUCUUGUCCUCUGGAUGUGAUGGGUCUCUUGUAAUUUUAAGGCUCUCUUUCUCUCUCUCUCUCUCUCUUAUCAAUAAUCUGUGUCAAAUUUUCUUUGAGCAUUUUGCGAAGAGGGUGUUCGACAGAAUGCCGAUGUACCAGCCGUCUACUCGGAGAAGAGAUGGGGGGGAUGUGAAGCUCGACGUGGGCGGUGGCGGGCAAGUGUUGGAUCUGGAAACCGCCGUGAAAGAUGGUAUUCUGGGAGGCGACGGCGGCGCGUUCUUCGGCGGAGGUGUCGUCGAGAAAUCGGAUUUGAAGACGAUGGUGGCCGAGCUGGAACCCAUAGAUGUUCCCUCGGUGUUUAUCUGCCCGAUCUCAUUGGAGCCGAUGCAGGACCCCGUUACACUUUGCACGGGCCAGACCUACGAGAGAUCCAACAUUCUCAGAUGGUUCUCUUUGGGCCACUUCACUUGCCCCACUACGAUGCAGGAGCUCUGGGACGAUUCGGUCACGCCGAAUAAGACUCUGCACCAGCUGAUUUACAGUUGGUUCUCGCAGAAGUACUUGGCGAUGAAGAAGAGGUCGGAGGAUGUACAAGGAAGGGCCUUGGAGCUUUUGGAAACGCUGAAGAAGGUUAAGGGUCAAGCUAGAGUUCAAGCUCUCAAAGACCUGAGGCACGUCGUGGUUGCUCAUGCUUCGGCGAAGAAGACAGUAGCGGGCAAUAACGGUGUGCCUUUGCUUUCUUCUCUGUUGGGUCGUUUCACUUCGCAUGCAGUUGGGUCGGAGACAAUUGGGAUUCUUGUGAAUUUAGAUCUCAAUUUGGAGUCAAAGGCCGAUUUGAUGCAACCCGCGAAGAUAUCGUUAAUGGUGGACAUGUUGAAUGAGGGAUCCAUUGAGACGAAGAUCAAUUGCACGAAAUUGAUCGAAAUGUUGAUAGUUGGGAAGGAUUUUGCAUCUGAGAUUGUCUCAAGCUUGAGUCUUUUGGUUGGAUUGUUGAGGCUGGUAAAAGAUAAAAGACAUCCAAAUGGGGUCUUGGCCGGUCUUAGUUUGCUCAAGACGGUCUGUUCCCAUGAACCAGUCAGGAGCUCUGUUGUGAGUAUUGGGGCAGUUCCCCAGUUGGUUGAGAUCCUUCCCAGUUUGAAUAAUGAGUGCUUGGAAGUAGCUCUAUAUGUCCUAGAGGUGUUGUCCACUCUUCCAGAAGGAAGAUUGGCUUUGAAGGAUUGCCCGAAUUCCAUACCGAAUGUGGUGAGGCUAAUGAUGAAGGUUUCUGAGAGCUGUACGCAGUUUGCAUUGUCAAUCUUGUGGGCUGUCUGCAAGCUUGCCCCAGAAGAAUGUGCUUCGCUUGCUGUUGAGGCAGGUUUGGCGGCCAAGCUGCUGCUUGUAAUUCAGAGUGGUUGCGAUCCGAUUAUGAAGCAACGGUCCGCUGAGCUUUUGAAAUUGUGUAGUCUAAAUUACACAGCCACUCUCUUCAUUUCCAAGUGUAAGCUUACAAGAACGAUACAAUGAAAGCAUAAUUAGAAGUUGUUGAUAUACAUCUGAAUUUUUCUACCCUUUGGCCUGAGGGACCAAGGAACCAAAGAACUUGUGGGAUGCAGCAGAAUUUGAAACAGAGAUUCAUAUUGGGUUUCUGAGGUACCCUUUCCUCUUUUGUGUAUACUGAGAAGUUAGAUUCUAUCAAUGAGUUACAAUUAUUCAAGAAGCAAACAUAAAAUGUGGAUUGAUAUUGCUUGUUGCAUGGUUAUAAUCCAUUGCCUAUAAGCAGGCAGUGUUCAGUGAGUUUUCCCAAUAAUCCCCAGAAUCUUCGUUCGGAUUGGCCUAUGUCUAUUUGGGAAACCAGUUGCUGAUUGUUCCAAUCCGCAAGAGAGCAUUGUAUAUUAUGUGAUCCGUGAUAGAGUUGAUUCGGGGUUUGGCUGUGAAAAUACAGGAAAGGAUUUUGGAAUUCUCGUAAGCAUGUGUUUGAAUUGUAAUUGUAGUUUUCUUGGCAAAGUAAUUGUAGUCAAUUUUACAUGGAUGUACAUCCUAAUUUUUGUCCCGUCUCUUGUGAGGAUUUGUGGGAACUCUCUAUUUUCCUUUGGGUUUUGAAGGGGGUUCAUCACUGAGUCUCACCGUUCUAGAGUUUUCUAGAGCUUCUUUGGCUUUAAACACAAAAUCCGUUUACACCCAUUUUUAUUUUCCUACAUGGCUACAUGAUUAACUAUAAGUUGCUUA